ACCCAGACCCACACAUUCAUAUGGAGAUGUGGGACUAUAAAUAGGAGGGAUGAAGCCAGCAGAGAUCAGAUUCUCUCUACAGAGACCUCUACAGCACAGAGAUCCAGACAUGGCACCUACAACCACUGCAGCAAUGACCAGUUCUCAGGAGCAUCUCACUCUGACCCACAAGCUCAGAAAGCCUGUGGUGGAGAAGUUACGCAGAGAGAGAAUCAACAGCAGCAUUGAGCAGCUCAAGUCUCUCCUGGGUCCAGAGUUCCUCAAACAGCAGCCAGACUCCAAGCUGGAGAAAGCAGACAUCCUGGAGAUGACCGUUUGUGUCCUCAGACGACUGCAGCAGCAGCAGCAUCAAGCUCUGGACUCAGCAGCCGUCAAUCAGGGCUACUCCAGGUGUGUCCAAGAGGUGACACACUUCCUGUCCAAAGAGCAGGUGAAGACACCGUCCCAGAGAAGACUGCUGAACCACUUCAACAAGCUGCAGGCUUCCUCUGAGAAGAACCUGAGAGAGGCUGACUUCUCUCUUCUGAGCUCCACAGUCCAGACCAGCAUCACCAAAGAGAAGAGUGCAGUCAACAGCUCCGUCUGGAGGCCAUGGUAGAGACCCAAGGACUUGUACAAAACUGAAGAUCAUGAGUGAAACGAGCAAUUGUACUUGUACUCUUGGACUUUUAACCUCGUCCUCAUUCGACGGUACUCUCAUUUUGAAGAGUUAUUGCGUAAUACUGCAAAGUUUUAUUACCUUUUGCAAAGGUCACAUUCUGUGUUUCUGUGAUAUUUGCAGGUUGGCUACUGUUUAGUAUUUCACAGGUAGUCACUUAUUCAGGUGUUACCCUGUGAAGAAAACAUUAUUGUUCCCAAAGGGAAUGCCUCUAUAAUGUCAGUAACACUGACAUAUGUCUCUACCUUUUCUCCAAUCAGGAGACAGUAAAUCAUGGUGAGCAUGUUUCUGAUUUAUAUGUGAUGUUCACAUACUCUGUUUAUUGAAAUGUCCUUUCUGAUAUAUCUGUAAACGUUUGAAUUGUCUGCAUUUUUAUCAGAUGGAUUUUGUGUAAUCACUAAGACAAAUGUGCUGCUUAUUAACUCUGUGAGUGACAGCACUCAUACCUUCAAUGAAGGUCUAAAUGUUUGGAAAAUGUCUCGAUCUGAAUGUAUCUCUUCAAGCCAAGUGAAGCAUUAAAACAAUCACAA